UCAUGCCAACCAGAACAGCGUCGCGUUAAUCCUUGAAUUCCAGGACAAACACCUUAUUCACUAACUACCUCGGAGCCAUCCUACUGUUCGAAACAAUGAUGCAGCAACAGCAAAUGGCGACGAGCAGUCGCAAUCAGAUCACUUUACGAGGCUCAACAAAGAUCAUUGUCGAAUUCUUUGAAUAUUGUAUAAAUAGCUUACUCUUUCAGCGAGGAUUAUAUGCACCAGAAUAUUUCAAGAUGACCAAGAAGUAUGGCCUCAAUAUGUUGGUAACUACGGAUCCACAAGUCAAAGACCAUAUGAGGGAAAUUCUGAAGCAGGUCGAGGCAUGGCUCAUGGCAUGUAAAGUUGAGAAGCUUAUCUUAGCUAUUAAAUCAAAGGAGACAAUGACUGUUUUAGAACGCUGGCAAUUCGAUAUUCAAAACACAAAGGAUAGUAGCAAUAAUAAUACCAUGUCAGCAGGACAACAGCAGUCGUUUUCAACACCAUCCUCAUCGUCAAUGUUCAAUAACGUUCGGAGCAAUGAAAAUAUAACAGAUCCGACCUUGCCAUCCUCCAACAAGCAGAAGGCUGAGAAAACAGAGAAGGAGAUCCAAGCAGAGAUCCAAGCUAUCCUCCGACAAAUCACAGCAAGCGUCACAUUCCUACCCAUGCUAGAUGAAAAGUGCACAUGGACGAUUUUAUGUCAGACAGAAAAGGAUGCAGAGGUCCCAGCGACAUGGUCGGAUGCAGACCCACAUCUAGUUCAUAAUGCAGAGCAGGUCAAACUUCGAUCCUUUAGCACUAAACUCCAUAGGGUUGAUGCGCUGGUCGCCUAUCGUCUUCAGGAUGAUUUGUAACUCAUUAAUAAAACUCGG